AUGUCUCAAUCACAAUUUCAUCACUUUAUACCCCAAUUCAUCCUGAAAAACUUUUCUCAUAAAUAUCAUCCUCCAUCGCUCAAGUCCAAGUCCGCUUCACGGAGCAAAAAGAAACACAAGAAGAACAGAAUCUACCCUGGCGAAUCGGUUCUGCACAUCAUCAACCUGGAAAACGAAAUACCACAAUUAUGCGAGUUAUCUGUCAGACGUACCUUUGGACUAAUGGAUAUGUACCAAGAUGUUUCAGAUGCAUCCGAUCACAACAUCCUGGAGAAAGAGCUUAGCAAACUUAAGUCUCAAGUCAGCACAAUCAUAGCUGGGAUUAAGAAAGCAUUUGAAUCUUCGAAAGAUAGCUUCUCGAUGUCGCGAGACCAAAGAGAUAUACUACGCAAAUUUCUCUUCAUCAUGAAAUACCGGGGACCGGGAUUUCAUGAGCGCUUUCAUGGCGAUACUUCAGGAAGAUACGUUGAAGAUGAUGCCGAUCAGCUCGAGAAGUACAUGAUGGAAAAUGGAUAUCACAAUCCAGUCGAUGUGUGGUUCAGAAGCAUUAAAACCAUUUUGGAUCUACGGUUUGACUUGCAAGGAAACUGGCGAAAAGAAUUGCUCGCCAAAAUUUACCCUGGUGAUGCUCUCUGGUUCAUCAUGCACAUGGAAUGGUAUUAUCUUGCCUUCUGUACACCAUGCGAGAUGAAUGACGAGUUCGUACUCACGGAAAAUUGUUAUAACGUCCACGAGGGGCCAAACAGUCGCGUAUUGAAUCCGGAAACUGGAGAACAUGAAGUCAUCACCUGGUCAUCGUACCACGAGUUCGCCCCUAUCACUCCAAGACUGAUUCUGAUUCUGAGAAGCUGUCUACUUCCCAAUUCAGAGGAAGACACCAAUGAGUGUAUAAAGAUAUCGAGAAGAAACCUUUUUGAACUCAGCCGUAGUCGCCAUAUCAACCCGGACACCGCCAAAUCGAUCCUUGAGGAUUUGCCCUUGAGAAAACCGCGAAACUCGUACUCGCAAGUUCUUCCUCAAGGGAUACAGCUCCUUCCAGGUGAGGACGGCACCCGGCGUUCAUACCAUCGCUUCACCUUCCCGUUCUUCAAAAUCAGCACCGACCAGAUGUACAGAAUUAACUGCAUAUUCCUGGACAAUGCACAUAUUACGUCAGUGAUUGGAUUUAGUUCCAAAUUAUCCUUGAAGAAAUCUCUGGAACACUAUCUCCAGCUACCUGCUGAUUGUGGCUACAAGGUGGUUGGUCGCCCCAACAACGACGGGAAACUGGUAUAUUUGAAAAAGCUUGAACUGAUUGCUAAGUCCCUGGGCUCUGCUGUUGUGAUGUCGUAUAAAGAAGUCCUGGGGGCAGAUGAGAUGGAAGAAUUGAGGCAAGAGUCGUUGAGACAACUUCAAAAAGCCUUGCUCGAGAAUUUACCUGAACGACCAACAGAGUUCAUGCAGUUGUAUCAGAAGCUCGGUGGAAGUUACCAUACCAUUGUUACGGACUCUGAGCAAGUGAGGAAAAUGCGUUUCUUGAGAAUCAAGAUCGAUGUUGCUACACGAGGCUUUCGAGAAGCAAGGCGAGAGAGAGUACGAGAGCAUCUGAAAGAUCUCUUCUGCCAGUCAAUACCGGCUCGUCGCCUUUGGUUAUAUCUCAAAGGACUCAGGGAAAUGUCACUUGGAUCUCCAGAAACAUUAUAUGAAGAGUACGCCACUGCGGGAAUCUUUGACGGACCAGAAGACGUGAUUGUCAAAGCCAACCAUGUUGUACGUCCAGGAUGCCUGGGCCUUAUCCUGCAUUUCACGGUUAUGCAGGACAUACAACACAGGUUGAUGCCAGGACUUAAUCCUUCUUCGGAUUUCAAUUUGGAUGAAAUUGGUAUUGAGCGCCUCCAAAAGAUCACGCAUCUGACUUUCGCUCCUGUGGGAAGCAUUCGCGAUUGUGGGAUCAAGCCCAUCCAAGAUCAUGCGAUACGAAUAUCAAAUAUGCUAAGAUUGACAAAGGGUUAUGAACAGCACAUGAACCCAGUGUGGAGCAUUGAUGAGAAUAUCGAGAUUCUCACACGGGUGUUCGUCCGAGAGGAUAUGAUGUCGAUAUUAUCUGGAAAUCUAUGUGAAGGUACGGUAGAAGAGCUGAGUGAUGUCUUGUUCAAUGUCAUAUAUCCUGCAUAUAAGAGAUCGACGGAGAGAUAAUUCAGAUCGAAAAGCUAUUUUGUCGAAAUUGUACAAUCGCGAACUGUGCGCUUGCGCACGUAACCAAGGUAUUAUCGAGGAUUCAGUAACUAGGCUUUAGCCUAUUACAUAUUACCUACGUUAUAGAACAAAUGCAUACUUGUUAGCAGGCCUCUUUCCGCCCAU